GAGGAGCACGGACACACCAAGUCGUCCAGCGUUUUCAGCGGUGCAUCGGUUCAACAAAUACUUCGAGGUUCUGAAGACUACGACAAAUAUUUCGAUUCUGUGAACGGCAGCGCCAUGCCGAGGGGCCGCGUCUGCCUGUCCGGGAGGAUGUGCGUCUGGGUGCUGCUGGCGGUGCUGGUGGUGGCGUGUGCGUUGACCAUCAGCAGCUGCGCCACGCCCGCUGCUCCAAGGUCACCAGGGAGGGCGGCGGGCGUGCAAGCUGCAGUCGCUGUUCUGACGAGUCUGGAUGUGCGCCAAGUUGUUGUCCUCGCCCCCCUCCUCCGCCCCUACCGCCGCCCCCACCACCCUCACCACCUCGGCAGCCCUCGCCCUCCACCAACAGACGCGGACACCGAGGAGGACCUGGUGGUGGCCUCGCUGUGUGAGCGAGGCAUUCAGGUCAGCGUGUCUACACUCCCGACGUCUGUCAUCGCCGCCGCCGCCUCCCCGUUGUACCACAGGGGGGGCAGUGGACGCCCCAGCCCUCCUCCUCACGCCUCCUCCCUCCGUGCAAAACAACCACAUUCAGCCGGAGGAGGAAGGGAGGAAGGGAAAAGAGAGGACACUGACACUGACAAAUCCCUGGCAGAGGCGUCCCUAACGACUCGUGGUGGCGGUGGCGGCGGCGGAGGGGGAGGGGCAGGAGGGGAGAGCAGUGCAACAGCGGCAGCCAAGGACGUGGGGGGCGAGACGGCGGGUGAAGACACAAAGGCCGCCAGCGACGAGGCUGCCAGGACGCUGAAGGGGCUUCUGCUGCAUACUGGGGGUGGAGGGAGCUCUGUGCACGGGCUACUGGUGGUGGGGGACGCGGCCUGGGUUACGGAGGCGGCUGUCUGGAUCAACCAGAAGACAUUACUGGGACCGAACGGAAUCCUGAUCCUGUGGGCCACGUCGGGCCAGGUUAAUAAGCGGCACCUGGUGUCACACAUACGCCUGGCUGCCAAGGUUGUCGUGAUAGCGAGUAACGAUCAUGACACCGACUACGACAACGAGCACAACAAAGCGAACAUUAGUGACAGUGGUGGCGGUGGUGGUCCAGGGAAUAAGUCGUCAUUAUCCUCCUCGCCCUGCUCGCUCUACAUCCAAUGGGCACAGUUGCUGCAUGGCGGCAGAUACACACUCAGGACGACCGGAUGCUGGCUAAGGAACCAGAGGCUGCAGCUUCGUCAGCCGCUUCUGCCGGAUGUGAAGGGCUUGCGCGGUGCACCUGUUGCCGUCGUCAUCAUCAAGAACUUCUUCGAGGCCAUACGCGUGGGGCCCCGGCGGGCUUACCUGGUGGGCUAUUUGGGGGACAUGAUCAACGCCCUGGCUAACGCACUCGACUUCCACUACAAGAUUUUGGAGAGCACGAGCUUCGGCAUCAAGUCUUCCAACGGUUCCUAUGAUGGCGUUAUCGGCCACAUCGAACGUAGGGAGGGCGAGCUGGGUCUGGCCUCCCUCAGCAUCAGGCACAGCCGCUACCAAGCCAUCGACUUCACGGCUUGGCUCAGGUUCCAGCCCAGCCUGUUCGUGACGCGAGGGCCCCGCUUCCUUAAGGACCACGUGGCUGUCUUCAGGCCCUACUCCUGGCAGAUGUGGGUGCUGAUCCUGUUCUUCAUGGUGUUCUCGACGGGGUGGUUGUGGCUGUUGUGGCGCUGUGGGGCGUCCUGGCAAGAGGGCGAGACUGUGGCGACGCAAGAAGGCGACGAGGGGAAGAAGGAGGCGGUGGUGGUGGUGGAUCCCGUGAGGCCGACCUUCCUGUCUGUCCUGCUCCUAGUCUUCAAGGUGUUCACGUACCAAGGCUCCUCAAACUUGCCACGCGGCUCCCCUGGGCGGGUGGCACACAUGAGUACCUGGCUGGUGGUGGUGGUUCUGGUCGCGGUGUUCAGCGGCAACCUCACGGCUUUCCUGUUCAGGCCGAUACUCAGCAGACCGCCAGCCACCAUCCACGAGCUUGUAACUGAAGACUGGACGAUAAGGCUUGACAAGGCAUACGGCACUUAUGAUAUCAUCAAGGAGACCAAAACCGAGGACUACCAGACACUGUACAGGCGUGCGGCGCGGCGCGGAGGCAUCAUUGAGAACCAUGGGGCCACGACCAGUACCAAGACCAAGACCGAGGACAUAGUGAAUAUGGACAUCGCCCUCGUCAUGGGUGAGCCGGGAGCCUUUCACACCCUCAACGAAAACAGGAACCAGGACGGCGAGUGUCUCCUGACCUACGGGAGGGAAACGAUCGGCCUGGAGUAUGCCGCAAUCGCCGCCCCCAAAAAUUCCCUCCUCAAGCCCCUCGUCGACAGGAAGCUGCGGUGGAUGCGGCAAAUGGGCGUGGUGGAGCGGCUGUACCAGGGGAGCUUCGGGGUCACCUGCUACAAGGGCGUCACCAGAUCCUCGAAGCAGUCCAGCCUCGCUCUGAUCCAGCUGCUGUGGCUGUUCUACGUGUGGGGGGCAGGCCUCACCCUCGCCGGCCUCGUGUUUCUGGGUGAAGUGUGCUCCGGCCGCUUGUGCUAAGACUACACCCUCAUGAAGGACCUGCCUAAACCACGCCUGCACCCUCUUCUAGCAUGUCUCUCUCUCUCUCUCUCUCUCUCUCUCUCUCUCUCUCUCUCUCUCUCUCUCUCUCUCUCUCUCUCUCUCUCUCUCUCUCUCUCUCUCUCUCUCUCUCUCUCUCUCUCUCUCCACACACACACACACACACACACACACACACACACACACACACACACACAUGGGAUGGCCUGAGUUACAGCAUACCCAACCUCCUUGGUAGUGCAGUCUGGUUUUAUCUUUCCUUUAGGUCUCAGACCUUCCCGAGGGAGCAUGAAUGUAUGUCUUUAAGGGGCUAAUUACGAGAUUGGCUCAUACACAAUCCGCUUUUUCAACAAAAUAUAAUAGUAACUGUAGUAAUAAGAUACUGCUAAAAUAUG